AUGGCGGCGGCGAUGGGACGGACCGAGCGGUUUCUUAUUCCUCCUCACCAUCGCUCGCCAUCAGCAGAGACGAGUGAACCCUGUCGGCGCACCGAGCAAGCAUGGCGGCGGGAUUCUGAUCUGCAUCCUCGAUUGACCUUCCGAGCAAGCAUGGCGACGGGGCGAGAUUCUAAUCUGUCUUCUGCAUCCUUGAUCGAAGAAUGGAUUUUGCCGGUGUGGUUGGGGCGUUCCAUUGUAAAACUAGGGAUUAGGUCGAUUAGCUGA